AGCUGCAUUCCUCCUCUCUCCAGUCACACGCAGGGAGCCACCGAAGAGAGAACCCCAGUCACCCCCGUGACCAGAGUGGAAAUGUCCCCAAGUUUUGGAAUUUAAACCAUGGCAAGGAUUCCUUCGCCACGGAUCACUUGACCGGUGGGCCUUUCCAAACACACCAAAAUCUGCUGGUCUCGAGAAAACCUUGAAUGGAUGUCUGGACCCACCAGUCAAGCUCAUUCGCGGAAAGUGGCUCACACAGCGUUCCUCUGUGGAUGAUGUUCCUGAUGAUGGCGUGUGACGCCGCGAACAGGACAGUGGAUCAAUAGAAGUGUUUGUUCCCCACUUCAUCUUUACAUACUUCUCUUGACAGUAGACCUGAAAGACUCCAAAUCCUGACUUGGAAGUCAAGUUUGCACUCCUCCUCCUCCUCCUCCUCUCUUUCUCCUUCCCCUCCCCCCAAGCCUCUCCUCGGGACAAACCAAACAUGUGCUCGCAAGCUCGAGCAACAGUUUCCCCUGCUCUCGGGAACCUGUUUCCUGUGUUUGGGUUUUUACUUCUCAUGACUUCAUCCUUCUGCGGAGGCCAGCCGCCAGCUUUCAAACAAUUUGCACCUGCAGAGUGGGGUCUUACGCAUUUGGCCAUUCACAACAAAACCGGAGAAGUCUACGUGGGAGCUAUCAACUGGAUUUUCAAGUUGUCCAGCAAUCUAACCAAGCUGCGUAGCCACAUGACUGGACCGGUGGUGGACAACGAAAAGUGCUACCCUCCGCCCAGUGUCCAGUCGUGCCCUCAUGACUUGGCUCAGACACCCAACGUGAACAAGCUUCUACUCAUUGACUACGCCCAGAAUCGCCUCAUUGCCUGCGGUAGCACUUCGCAGGGAAUCUGCCAAUUUCUACGUCUGGAUGACCUCUUCAAACUGGGUGAGCCUCACCAUCGCAAGGAACACUACCUGUCCAGUGUGGCUGAGUCGGGGACCAUGUCAGGAGUCAUUAUAAGCUCCCCUCAUAGUUCAACGAGCAAACUCUUCAUCGGAACCCCCAUCGAUGGCAAGUCCGAAUACUUCCCAACCCUCUCUAGCCGGAAGUUGAUGGAGAACGAAGAAAACGCGGACAUGUUUAGCUUUGUCUACCAAGAUGAAUUUGUGUCCUCACAGCUGAAGAUUCCAUCCGACACUUUGUCCAAGUUCCCCGCUUUCGACAUCUACUAUGUGUACAGCUUCAGCAGUGAGCAGUUUGUGUAUUAUCUUACAAUGCAGCUGGAUACUCAGCUCACUUCUCCCGACGCCAGCGGCGAGCAGUUCUUCACCUCCAAAAUCGUACGCCUGUGUGUUGACGACCCCAAAUUUUACUCCUACGUCGAGUUCCCCAUUGGUUGUACUAAAGACGGCGUCGAGUACCGCCUGGUUCAAGAUGCCUACUUGGCCCGACCAGGCCGUCAACUGGCAAAUUCUCUGGGGAUCUCUGAGAACGAAGACAUCCUCUUCACGGUCUUCUCUCAGGGUCAGAAGAAUCGCGCCAAACCACCCAAAGAAUCAGCGUUGUGCCUGUUCACGCUGAGGAGAAUAAAGGAGAAAAUCAAGGAAAGGAUCCAGUCUUGUUACAAGGGAGAUGGCAAGCUUUCCUUACCGUGGCUUCUCAACAAGGAACUGGCGUGCAUCAACUCACCUUUGCAGAUUGACGACAACUUUUGCGGCCAGGACUUCAACCAGCCUCUGGGUGGCACCAGCACCAUCGAGGGCAUCCCCCUUUUUCUCGACAAAGAAGAUGGCAUGACCUCGGUGGCAGCGUAUGACUACCGUGGCAACACCGUGGCCUUUGUCGGCACGCGCAAUGGCAAACUCAAAAAGAUCUUGGUGAACUCUGUGAGUCCAAACCGUCCAUCAGUACUCUAUGAAAAGGUGACUUUAAGUGAAGGAGGAAGUCCCAUGCUGAGAGACAUGCUCUUCAGCCCAGACCAGCAGUACCUCUACACACUGACUGACAGACAGGUGGUGAGAGUUCCAGUGGAGAGUUGCGAACAGUACACGACAUGCGGGGAGUGUUUAGGCUCCAGAGACCCUCACUGUGGGUGGUGUGUCCUCCACAAUGUAUGCUCACGAAAGGACCGUUGUGAAAGGGCGGGAGAACCGCAGAGGUUCGCAUCAGACCAGAGACAGUGUGUGGAGCUCACCGUUCAGCCCAGAAAUAUUUCCGUCACUAUGUCGGAAGUGCAGCUGGUCCUUCAGGCUCGUAACGUGCCUGAUCUAUCGGCGGGGGUCAACUGCUCCUUCGAGGACUACGUGGAGACCGAGGGACUGAUCCAAGGCGGACACAUUUACUGCCUGUCCCCCUCAGCCCGUGACGUCAUCCCCAUCACACGGAACAAAGGUGACAAGCGUGUGGUGAAGCUUUAUCUGAAAUCCAAGGAAACAGGCAAGAAGUUCGCCAGCGUCGAUUUUGUCUUCUACAACUGCAGUGUCCACCAUUCCUGCCUCUCGUGUGUCAACGGAUCAUUCCCAUGCUACUGGUGCAAGUACCGACACAUGUGUACCCAGAACGCCAACGACUGCUCCUUUCAAGAGGGUCGAGUUAACAUUUCGGAGGACUGCCCCCAGAUUCUGCCGUCAACACAGAUCUACAUCCCAGUGGGGGUGACCAAGCCUAUCACCUUAGCUGCCAAAAACCUUCCCCAGCCGCAAUCGGGACAGAGAAACUACGAGUGUGUUUUCCACAUCCAGGGGGAGACGCACAGUGUCCCUGCACUGCGCUUCAACAGCUCAUCAAUUCAGUGCCAAAAGACAGCGUAUACGUACGACGGCAAUGACAUCAGUGACCUGCCUGUGGAUUUGUCUGUGGUUUGGAAUGGAAACUUUAACAUCGACAACCCAUACAACAUAAAAGCUCACCUAUAUAAGUGCUACGCACUGAGAGACAGCUGUGGGAUGUGUCUGAAGGCCAACCCCAGAUUUGAGUGCGGCUGGUGUGUGCAGGAGAAAAAGUGCUCCCUCAGGCAGGAGUGCGCUCCCACAGAAAGCACUUGGAUGCACGCCACCACGGGAAACAGCCGCUGUGCACACCCCAAGAUCACUAAGCUAUUUCCUGAGACUGGGCCGAGGCAGGGAGGAACCAUGCUGACCAUCACCGGUGACAAUUUGGGUCUCCAGUUCAAAGACAUCCAGAACGGAGUCCGUAUUGGAAAAGUGGCCUGCAACCCUCAAGAAGACCAGUACAUCAGCGCUGAGCAGAUUGUGUGCCGACUGAAUGACGCCACGGGUUACCGGGUGCAGGAAGCUCAAGUGGAGGUGUGUGUGAGGGACUGCAUCCAUCCAGACUACAAAGCAAUCUCCACCAAGGCCUUUACAUUUGUGUCACCGUACUUCAGCCGCGUCAGGCCGUCUACCGGGCCGCUUUCUGGCGGCACGAGGAUCACCAUAGAUGGCAGUCAUCUAAACGCAGGCAGUGCCGUGUAUGUCAAGAUUGGACUCCAUGCCUGCCGUUUUGAGAAGCGAAGCAAUAGCGAGAUAGUGUGCGUGACCCCAGCCGGACAAGCUCCAGGCCCUACCCCGGUCAUGGUGGACAUCAACUCAGCUGAGCUGAGAAACCCAGAGGUCAAGUUCAACUACUCGGAUGAUCCCACCAUCCUGAAAAUUGAACCCGACUGGAGUAUUGCUAGUGGCGGGACCAUGUUGACCGUUACGGGAACCAAUUUGAUGACUAUCAAGGAACCCAAGAUGAGGGCCAAAUAUGGAGCUGCCAAGUCAGAAAAUAACUGCACCGUGGUUAACAACACGGUGAUGGUGUGUCUCGCUCCCUCCGUGGCGGGGUCUGACAAAGUUUUCUCCGAGGUGGGCAGCAGUCCAGAUGAAAUUGGCUUCAUCAUGGAUAAUGUGCAUUCGGUGCUGGUGGUCAAUGAGACAUUCAGCUACCAUCCGGAUCCAGUGUUUGAACCACUCAGUCCCAACGGCAUAUUGGAGCUAAAGCCCAGCUCUCCACUUAUACUCAAGGGCCGUAACCUAAUUCCCGCAGCCCCUGGAAAUACAAAGCUGAACUACACGGUGCUGAUCGGGGACACGCCAUGUGUUCUCACCUUGUCUGAGAGCCAGCUGCUGUGUGAGUGGCCCAACCUGACUGGAGAGCACAAAGUCACUGUUCGUGUCGGAGGCUUUGAACACUCGCCGGGGACCUUGCAAAUCUACUCAGACAGCCUUCUCACCCUGCCCGCUAUCAUCGGCAUCGGAGGUGGAGGCGGCCUGUUGCUGCUGGUUAUUAUUGUGGUGCUGAUUGCCUACAAAAGAAAGUCCCGCGAUGCAGACCGCACCCUCAAACGACUCCAACUGCAAAUGGACAACUUGGAAUCCAGGGUGGCCCUCGAGUGCAAGGAAGCAUUCGCAGAACUGCAGACCGACAUCCAUGAGCUCACUCAGGAGCUCGACGGAGCAGGAAUCCCCUUCCUGGACUACCGCACCUAUGCCAUGAGGGUCCUCUUCCCUGGAAUUGAGGACCACCCUGUGCUCAAGGAGAUGGAGGUCCCGGCGAACGUGGAGAAGGCCCUGACACUCUUCGGACAGAUGCUGACUAAAAAGCACUUCCUGCUGACGUUCAUCCGCACUCUGGAAGCGCAGCGGUCUUUCUCCAUGCGAGAUCGCGGCAACGUGGCCUCCCUCAUCAUGACGGCGCUGCAGGGGGAGAUGGAGUACGCCACAGGCGUCCUUAAACAGCUCCUGUCCGACCUCAUCGAUAAGAACUUGGAGAGCAAGAAUCACCCCAAGCUCUUACUGCGGAGGACAGAGUCGGUGGCUGAGAAGAUGCUCACCAACUGGUUCACCUUCCUGCUUUACAAGUUCCUCAAGGAAUGUGCCGGUGAGCCGCUCUUCAUGCUGUAUUGCGCCAUGAAGCAGCAAAUGGAGAAGGGGCCGAUAGACGCAAUCACGGGAGAGGCUCGCUACUCCCUCAGCGAGGACAAGCUCAUCAGACAGCAGAUUGACUACAAGACUUUGACUCUGCACUGCGUGAACCCAGAGAAUGAAAAUGCUCCCGAGGUGACCGUGAAGAGUCUCAACUGUGACACAGUCACCCAGGUGAAGGAGAAGCUCCUGGAUGCCGUCUACAAGGGCACGCCUUACUCGCAGAGACCCAAAGCCUCCGAUAUGGACCUGGAAUGGCGGCAAGGAAGGAUGGCUCGCAUCAUCCUUCAGGAUGAAGAUGUGACCACCAAGAUUGACAACGACUGGAAGAGACUCAACACGCUUGCUCACUACCAGGUGACGGACGGUUCUGUGAUUGCCCUCGUACCCAAGCAGAACUCGGCCUACAACAUCUCCAACUCCUCCACGUUCACCAAAUCUCUCAGCAGAUACGGUACGAGAGAAGAGAGCAUGCUGAGAACAGCUAGCAGUCCGGACAGUUUGCGCUCCCGAACCCCAAUGAUCACGCCCGACUUGGAGAGCGGCACCAAACUGUGGCAUCUGGUCAAGAACCACGACCACUCGGACCAGAGGGAAGGUGACCGAGGGAGCAAGAUGGUCUCUGAGAUCUACCUGACCCGGCUGCUGGCCACCAAGGGCACGCUUCAAAAGUUUGUGGACGACCUUUUUGAGACCAUCUUCAGCACAGCCCACAGAGGAAGCGCCUUGCCGCUCGCCAUUAAGUACAUGUUUGACUUCCUGGACGAGCAGGCCGACAAACACUCCAUCUCGGACUCGGACGUCCGGCACACUUGGAAGAGCAACUGCCUUCCCCUGCGCUUCUGGGUGAACGUGAUCAAGAACCCGCAGUUUGUGUUCGACAUCCACAAGAACAGCAUUACCGACGCCUGUUUGUCGGUGGUGGCCCAGACCUUCAUGGACUCCUGUUCAACGUCCGAGCAUAAAUUAGGGAAAGACUCGCCGUCCAACAAGCUACUUUACGCUAAAGACAUCCCCAACUACAAAAACUGGGUGGAGCGGUACUACUCUGAUAUCUCGAGGAUGUCGGCCAUCAGCGACCAGGACAUGAGUGCCUACUUGGCGGAGCAGUCGCGACUGCACGCCAACCAGUUUAAUAGCAUGUCUGCCCUCCAUGAGAUCUACUCCUACAUUGUCAAGUAUAAGGACGAGAUCUUGUCGGCGCUGGAGCGGGACGAGCAGGCGAGGAGGCAGCGGCUGCGGAGCAAGCUGGAGCAGGUCAUCGACACAAUGGCCCUGACCAGCUGAGGACCAUCCGACGUCGCCCGUCCGUCUGUCUGUCCAUCUCCCUCCCCCCCCCCCUCCCUCCCUCACAGACAAACUGCAAAAGCAUUGAGGCGGUAUACUGCAAAACGGAGCGGGGUCGGCAGAGGUGGGCGGGUCUGUGUAUGCCUACGUGUGUUCGUGUAUGUGUGACAGAGCGGACAUUUUCACACGCUGCGUUCAUGGAGAAAGUGUCAGUGAGAGCUUUUGGCUUCCUGUGGAUGUGAUUGGAAAGAACUCCAUGCGGGGCCUCUUGUGCACAAUGGAGAGAAGCUUUGUGGCUCACGUGUCAGGAUGUUGGCUUUUUUUUUGUUGUUUUCUUUGGUUUUGUUUUUCAAUUGUUUUGUAUAAUUGUAAUCAACUGCCCACUCUCUGAUCUCUCGCCACUUGUAUUACUGCUGAAUUUGCACAAUUUACAGAAACGCUACAAAGGAAGAAUAUAUAGAUGUUAUAUAUAAAUACAGCUACGUUUUUAAAGAUUAGGGAGAGAGCAAUGUUUCCCCCAUUUUUUUUGGUUUUGUUUUAAUCAAGAGACAAAAUCCAACAAUACAUUUGAUAGUUGAAGUGCAAAACGCUACAAACAAAAAAAAUCGAAAAGAAGAAGAAAAAAAAAGUCGUACUGUGCCAUGUUUCCUUUGAAUGUUGUUUAGUGCAAAGACAUUUUGUUAGAUGGAAUGUGCUACCGUAUGAUUUUCUAAAUAUGAACAUGCCUUGUGACUGAAAUGAAUCGUUUUGCGACCGUCAGAAGAAGACAAAAGACAAGCGUGACGCUUUUUGGUGGGAACUCCAAAUAUUCGCUUUUCAAAUGCUCGACAAGAUGAUACAAAAAAGUAUGCGGAUGAGGUCAAGCGGCCGGCGUUUACUGUCGUGUCGAGCAAAGUCGGGUGGUGCCCGAAGCCACGCGUUUUAUUCAUGUUCCAAAUGUUCCUGGCUGGACACAGAUGUGCUGAGUGUAUAUUGUCUGAAGGAGGUCAUCAUGCUCCUAACCUGCAGCUCUUCUUUGUCGAGCUGGCCCAUUGCCAUCGGUGGCUUUUAAGACUCUCCUCCUCGACACUCAAGUCAGCUUCUUUUUCACUUGCUGGUGAGAAAAAAAACAUUUUUUUAAUUUUUUUCUGCUUGCCCAAAAACCAAACUGUGGUAUUGUGUGAUGUUUUCAUUUGUAAAUUUGUAUACUUUCUCACGUGUUUAUUUUGUAAUCAGGUUGUUUUUGUUUAUUCCCAACAUGUAAAUUGUACAUUUGAUGGUACGCUGAAGGCAAAAACAAAAAAACACAAAAAAAAACCACAAGAACUUUCUUCAAUUUGCCUGAUGGUAAAAAGUACUUGAUGGGACUUCAGUGGGGGGGUCUAAAUGAUUUGUCUUUGUGAUGGAAAUGUGACUUUGCUGCUUUAAACUCUUGACAUUUGUUUUUCUAGCUCAUCUUUUUGGGCUCAUUUAAUGCUGAUCAUGAAUGCUGUGGCUCUCCAGAUUUUUCUUUGGUCCCUUAAUUCAAAGUCAUCACUUUGUUUACAUGAGUCGGAACUUCAACUGGAUCCAUGUUUACCGCUCUGUAGUUUACUCGCCACACGAAGCAUACACUUUGGGAAUCAUGUAAAGAUAUCCGGUCGAGGACAUUUCCCGUCUGUAAGCAUCAAUCACCUCAUUCGUACUUUUUUGGUUUCGUGAACGACGAGUACGGAUCGGUAGCGCGCAGAAGAUCCCCCGCAGAAGCACACAGAACAAGUGGCGACGUGGCAAACAUUCUGGACUCAUUCUCUCUCAGGUUCAUGGUCCGCUUGUGUUCUUCUUCUUAAUGCUUCUCGUUGUUGAUCAAGUGACAUCGGUUGCUUUGAAUGAAGCCUCAGUCAUGUUUGCACUGUUGGGCUGAGAGCGGACUUGUUCAAAAUAUGUUUUCGAAAGCAUUUCUGUCACCACGAUGUCAUGCUUUUGUAAAACACUCCUAAGAAAAAGUCCCAUCGCCCGCCUCUUUGAUUUCCUGUUCCUCUUUUUUUUUUCUCAAGUCUUCAAACUGAGCUGCAUACCAAGCAAGACAACCAGUUGAGAGCUAGUGGCAAAGGAAUUUUUAAAACAUUAGUGUCUCAAACUUGAAGCGACUGUCAUGGAGUUUGCAGGUGAACAUUCAUUGUGUAAAUAUUCUGUUAUUUCCUACUUUGCAGAUUUACUACUUGUAAAUAAACACGCAUCAAGGAGAGAUUAAACAUGUUUUGCUAAAUAAAAA